AUGUCUCAGAUACAAACCAUUCUUUUUAUACUUUUUUAUACUUUUACAUCAAAAUUAUCUUUUUUAUUUGUUAGAGCCCAGCAGUUAUUUUUAGUUAAACUACAAAGAUUAAUGCACAGAACCAAGGAUGAUGUGGAAAGUACAAGUAACACACUCAGAGCUAUGAAGAACGCCCUUCAGCCAGAAGAGUCACCACAAAUGGAUUCCAAGAGCAGUCCUCGCCUUUCAAGAGCAAGUUUCCUUUUUGGACAAAUAUUUCCGUUUGUUUAUCGGUCUGAUAACAAAUAUAAAAGGAUGAACAGUAAUGAACGUCUGCGCGUGGUGUCCUCUAACUCACCAUCCUUGGAGACCAUGAAACUUUUAUUAGACAGACAAGAUGAUUUGGAUCCUGAUAAUGACUUAAGAAAAAAUUUUAACCUAGUGCCCUACAGUUUGGUACACCCUAUCCACAUUGACAAAAAGAGACCAGUCCUGUUUGCACCUUGCACAAUGGCAAAGCCUAUCAUUCAAAAACUCAUAAACAGUCCUGGAGCUUUUGACUUCAACAUGUGUAAGCCAGGUAAAUAACA